AUGCCCUCAAGCACACUUCCACGUUCUGCUAUGCGCAGUCUAACCCGAGCGACGCCCUCUCUACGAUCAGCACCUCGGCGCAUUGCCACGAGAUGUCUCCACCAACAAUCAUCGCCCAUCACAGCCUCAAGAUUGCAACAUAGACCGGCAGCACAGCCCUGGAGCCAAAGGGUAGCGGCGCCAUCAGCGACGGUCGCACGACGAACCAUGUUCAUCCAAACCGAGCCCACACCAAACGCCGAUGCCCUAAAGUUCAACCCCAACCAGCGCGUCCUCCCAGAAAACAUCUCCUCCCCGUUUCUCGAAUACCUCAACCCCCGCUCUACCCUCGCCCCGCCACAUCCAUCCCCUCUCGCCGCCCAACUCCUCAACAUCGACGGCGUAACCAGCGUCUUCUUCGGCGCCGACUACAUCACCGUUACAAAGGACUCGGCCACCCCCUGGUCGCACGUCAAGCCCGAGGUCUUCGCCCUCAUCAACGAAUACAUGACCUCGGGCCAACCCAUCGUCAACACCGUCGCCGCAAAAGCUGGUGAGCAAGGCCAAGGCGGUCAAGAAGCCGACAGUCUUGCCUACGACGAAAACGACGAUGAAGUCAUUGGCAUGAUCAAAGAACUCCUCGACACGCGCGUCCGCCCCGCUAUCCAAGAAGACGGUGGUGACAUUGAAUUCCGCGGCUUCAACGACGGCCAGGUUCUGCUCAAGCUGAGGGGUGCGUGCCGUACCUGCGAUUCGAGUACCGUGACACUCAAGAAUGGCAUCGAGAGCAUGUUGAUGCAUUAUAUUGAGGAGGUCAAGGGCGUGCAACAGGUGCUGGAUCAGGAGGAGGAGAUUGCUAUGAAGGAGUUUGCCAAGUUUGAGGAGAAGCUGAGGCAGCAGAAGGGGCCUGAUGCGACGGCGGGGACGGUUGGCAAGGGCAGUUUGGAUUAUGUGGAGUAG